AUGGCCACGUCCGACCCCGUCCACUUGUUCGACCUCUACUCCGACCUCCCAGGCCCCUCCAAGUCUUGGUCCCCCAACACCCUCAAGAUCCGCGCAGUCCUCAAUUACAAGAAAAUCCCCUACACCCAAAGCUUCCUCUCCUUCCCAGACAUCAAGCCCCUCUUCACAAGCCUCGACCUACCACCCAACAACGACGCAUUCGUAUACACCCUCCCCGUAAUAACCACCAAGGAAUCAGCGGCCUCCACGCAGAACCCACACGGCGCGAUAAAAGACUCCCUCCCGAUCGCACUACACCUCGAGAACCUAUUCCCAUCCCCGUCGAUCCUCCCAUCCGGCGACGCCAGCUAUGCCCUCCUCCUCGCCGUCGACCGGAUCAUGGAUCUUAUAUACCCGGCAUUCUGGCGACUCAUCCCACCGCUUGUCGUGAACCAUCUAGACCCGCGCGGGCAGAUAUACUUCCAUGAAUCACGGACAAAAUUCCUCGGCGGCCCUCUCCCUGAGGUGCGUCGUGCAGCACUAGAAGAUUUCGAUAAACUAUGGGCCUUAAUCGAGACGGAGUCUGCGACGCUGAUCAAGAUCCUGAAGGGGAAGGAAGGGAAACGGGGCCCCUUCUUUGAGGGCGAGAAGCCGGGGCUUGCGGAUUUCUGGCUCGUGAGUCUUUGGGCUUUUGUGGAGCGCUUUGAUGAGGAGCUUUUUGGGAGGAUUGUGGCCCUGGGCGAGGGGGAGUUUGGGAGGCUUUAUGAGGCUGCUAGGCCUUGGUUGGAGGGGCAGGGGGUGGAUAGGGAGUGGGUGUCUACUGAUAGUUCCUAA